GUUCCACCUCCAGACUUUUCUGCGCGAAAACAAAUUCUGAAAAUUUAUACUUCAAAUAUGCCUUUGAGUGAUGAUGUUGAUCUAAAUUUGAUUGCUAAACAGACGGAAUUAUAUACGGGUGCAGAUUUAAAAAAUUUGUGUAGAGAAUCAGCCAUUAUAUCAUUACGUGAAAUGAGAACAACGUCGAAUGUG